AUGCGACGCGGAACCGUCAUUUUCCUAGUAAUCUCCUUGAUAAUUCUCGGAGUCCUGGUCAAUGCCUUCAGCACCCUCAUAGCGCUGCUCUUUGAGAAGGGUGGCGCAACUCCCAUAGACCCCUCUGAGAUUCCGCUACCAGGCUCAGACCUGUCUGCAAAUGGGACGCAACUGAUCCCAAAGAUCAUCCACCAGACAUACAUCAAUGCGACGAUUCCCAAUAAGUGGCAGGAAGGACAGCAAGCAUGCGUUGACUUGCACGACGAUUACGAGUAUAUUCUCUGGACCGACGAGAAAUCCCGAGACUUCAUUGCAACUGAAUACUCUUGGUUCCUAGAAACAUUCGACAGCUACCCCUUUCCCAUCCAGCGCGCCGACUCCAUUCGGUACUUUGUCCUCGAUUUCUACGGCGGCAUAUACAUUGAUCUCGAUGAUGGCUGCAACCGCCCUCUUGAUCCUCUGCUCAACUACCCAGCCUGGCUUCGACGGACUGUCCCUACAGGCAUCAGUAAUGAUGCCAUGGGUUCUGUUCCACAUCACCCAUUCUUCCGAAAGGUAAUCGAGAGUCUAGAAUAUUACAACCGCAGCUGGGUGUUACCCUAUAUUACUGUUAUGUACAGCACGGGGCCGCUCUUCUUGUCUGUUUUAUGGGUGGAAUAUCUUCGGGUUGAUCCCGCACCCGAGGAUGCUGUCAGAUUACUGAUGCCCGCCGAAUACAAGGGGCACGAUUACAGCUUCUUCAACAUAUCAAAAGGAAGCAGUUGGCAUGGGAAAGAUGCCCAAACUAUUUUCUGGAUGGGGAAACAUUGGUUUCUUCUUACAGUUGCUGGUUUCCUCAUUGCAGGCGUGAUUGGAGGGUGUCUUUGGUGGGUUUGGUCCAGCUGCGUUAUGAACGCUGGCAUGACGUCGAAUGGGAAGGGUGGAAAGAGGAGACCUUGGGGGUUAUGGAGGAGGUUAAGCGGUGGGAAGGGGAGAUAUGAGCUGGUAGAAAGGAUGGCAUAG